GGUGCGUGUGCAUGCGUAGAAGUGGUAAUGGAGGAUAUUAAUCUACUCACAAGGGGCUCAGAGACUAAACUGUGUUUUCUUUAUCUUCUGUUCGUAACUACUGUCUCUAUUGAUCAGGACUGAUUUAUAUCACCGAGGACAACGUCUAAAUCAUCCAGGAGAAGGCGGAGCCACCAUCGAGUUUUGGGAUCACGAUGGAGGUGGGUUCCCAAAACCAUGGUUCCAAGGGAAUCAUGACUUUUUACCCAACAGCUGAGGAAUUCAAGAACUUCACCCGAUACGUUGCAUAUAUCGAGUCCCAGGGAGCACACAAAGCAGGCCUGGCUAAAAUUGUGCCCCCUAAGGAAUGGAAACCCAGAAGUUCCUAUGAUAAUAUAGACGAUCUGGUGAUUCCUGCACCCAUUCAGCAGGUGGUGACAGGCCAGUCGGGUCUCUUUACACAAUACAACAUUCAGAAAAAGUCCAUGACUGUCAGGGAUUUCCGCAAGAUUGCCAACAGUGACAAGUUCUGUAGUCCUCACUAUGAUGAUUUUGAAGAGCUGGAAAGGAAAUACUGGAAGAAUGUGACAUUUAACCCCCCCAUAUACGGUGCUGAUGUCAAUGGAACCCUGUAUGAUCCUGGUGUUAAAGAGUGGAACAUCUGCCAUCUGGACACCAUUCUGGACACUGUAGAACAUGACAGUGGCAUCACUAUUGAAGGCGUUAACACACCCUACUUAUAUUUUGGAAUGUGGAAGACCACAUUUGCCUGGCACACUGAGGACAUGGACCUCUACAGCAUCAACUACCUUCACUUUGGGGAGCCUAAAUCAUGGUAUUGUGUUCCUCCAGAGCAUGGAAAAAGAUUGGAACGUCUGGCUAAAGGGUUCUUUCCUGGCAGUUCCCAAAAUUGUGAGGCCUUCUUGAGGCACAAGAUGACCCUCAUCUCUCCUUCUAUACUGAAGAAAUUUGGCAUUCCAUUUGAAAAGAUUACUCAAGAGGCUGGAGAGUUCAUGAUAACUUUCCCCUAUGCCUAUCAUGCUGGCUUCAAUCAUGGCUUCAAUUGUGCAGAAUCUACAAACUUUGCCACUGAAAGAUGGAUUGAGUACGGUAAACAAGCAGUUUUGUGCUCAUGCCGUAAAGACAUGGUUAAAAUUUCCAUGGAUGUAUUUGUAAGGAAAUUUCAGCCAGAUCGCUAUGAGCAGUGGCUGGCAGGGCGAGAUAUGGUACCCAUCAACCACUCACGACCCACCCCAGAGGCCAAGGAGUUCCUAGGGGAGUCCUACAAUGACAUCACCAACACCAGUAACUCUGUAGAGAACUGUGGGGAGGAUGGAGAGCGGAAGAGCAGUACACAAAGGAUAGAGACCAAGAGACACAGGGUGUGUCUGGAGGUGCCAGACGAGGUUGUUCCCAAAGAUGAAGAUGAGGUAGAGAUACAGUAUGGGAAGCGUCCUAGACUAAACCUUAUACCUCCACGUAUUACACCACAAGACGGCAGGAGAAACAAAGGCCCACCAAAGCUGGUUGUUACACCAACCAAGCUCACAUUAAUGGAUCCAUUUCACAGAGGCUUAACCCAAAGUAACAGUGACAUACACCGGCCUCCUCAUUAUACCAAGACUCGUGCACCUGCGAUCUCAUCUCAGUCCCAGCCCAGAAAUGGACAUCUAUCAGUUGCUGUUGCACCAACGUGGACAGAAGCAACUGCUCACCCUGCACGCAAAAUGGGAGUGGCUAGCCUACUCUUCCACAGGACUCUGAGUCCAAAAGACAUUCUCCAGGUGCACAGCUACACCCUAGAAAAGCAACAGAAACCACACGCACAACUCCAGGUGCACAGCUACGCCAGAGAGCAUCAGCCUCGUCAUCUCCAGCACAAAUCCUGUACAGUGUCCCACACACAGGUUCAGUCUUUAUCUCCAGCACCAAGGUGUGAAAUACUAGAGCCACAAACCAAGAUCAUUACCAGCGUAGCAUUAAGUGAAUCAGAAGCACCCAGUCCUGUGGAACAGGACCAUGAAGACAGCAACCCCACAGUGUCAGUGUCUGCCGACGCUCAGGAUGAAGAGGUGAAGCCUGAAUCUGAGCCCACCGAUAGAUCUCCUUCCCCCCAGACUCCAACACAGAUGGAGGUCCUCAAGAAUAACAAGCGAAAGAGCUCCCAAUCUCCCCUUGCGGAUAGUGGCAUUAUCGUCAUGAAAGAGAUCACCUCAGUCACAAAACCAGUUAACGAUGAUAAGAAGGUGUUUGCUCAGAACCAUCAUGUGUCAGAAGAACAAUCCUAUUGCAAGUCAGUGGUGAAGAAGCAACUGCAGCAAGAGCAGCUUCCAAAACUGCCUCGUCAUCACCCUCUGUUCAGAGAGGCGCACAGUGAUGAUGAUUUCCCUGUAGACUUGGACUUCGAACGUGAGGAGAAAGAGGAGUGGGCAAAGCCGUUGAUCCAGUUGUGGCAGUGUCGGCCAUAUAACCCACAUGCAGAGAGAGAGUACAAUGAAAACAUGGGCCAGCAGGCGCCUUACUGCUCCAUCUGCCUGCUCUUCCACACAUACCAUCAGACCGAGUCAAGUAGUGACAGUUCUGCUGUGAUGCUGGUGGACCGUCCAGGGGGUCGUCAGUGGUCCAGACCGCUCAUCCCUGAAAUGUGCUUUAACACCCAGUCCACCAAGAUGAGUGACAGUGGGGAAGGACAACUGUCAAACCCUCACAUAGCAGAGGAUGGGACCAGCCGGCUGGUCAGCUGUGCUCAGUGCUGUGUCCGUGUUCAUACCAGUUGCUAUGGUGUCUCUGGGGAUGACUCCGAGUUGGACGACUGGCUGUGUGCCCGUUGCGAGGCUGGUGCCCUGACAGAGGACUGCUGUCUGUGUUCCCUGAGAGGAGGAGCGCUACAGAGAGCCAACAAUGACAAGUGGGUUCAUGUGCUCUGUGCCAUCACUGUACUGGAAGCUCGCUUUGUCAACAUCACCGAGCGAAGCCCCAUUGACCUCUCUGCAAUCCCACUGCCCCGGUUCAGACUGAAGUGUGCGUACUGCAGGAAACGGAUGAAGAGGGAGGUGAAGGGCUGCUGUGUGCAGUGCUCCCACGGCCGAUGUUCCACGGCGUUCCACCCCACCUGCGCUCAGGCAGCCGGUAUCCUCAUGCACCCGGACGACUGGCCCUUCAUAGUCUUCAUCACCUGCCACAGACACAGAGCGCCCGUCAUACCUGAGCGCAACAAGGCCUCUCUGCAGGAGUUGACAGUGAGCCAGAAGGUGAUCUGUAAAUACAGAAAUGGCCGUUAUUACCACAGCGAGGUGGUUGAACUGACAACCGCCACCUUCUACGAGGUGGUGUUCGACGACGGAUCUUACAGCGACAACCUUUUCCCAGAAGACAUUGAGAACCGGGACUGUGUCCGGCUCGGUCCACCUGCUGAAGGUGACAUCGUCCAAGUGCGGUGGACGGAUGGAUUGAUAUACGGGGCCAAAUUUGUAGCAUCACAUUCAGUCCCCAUGUAUCUGGUGGAAUUUGAGGAUGGAUCCCAAAUCUCCGUGAAGCGAGAUGAUAUCUACACUCUAGAUGAGGAUCUGCCCAAACGAGUCAAGUCACGAAUGUCGGUGGCGUCCGACAUGCGGUUCGAGCACUUCACACAGACCAACGUCAAACAGAACUCCAAAAGACAGCGGGUCAUCAACUCUCGGUACAGGGAGGACUACAUCGAGCCGGUCAUUUACAGAGCCAUCAUGGAGUGACGUCCGUUUUCAGUUCUUCUUCCUUUUUCCUGCUUUUCACCGGUCCUCCUCCACCUCAUAAACACCCAGAGAGCUUUUACGCCACAUCGCUGUCUGGCUUCACGGCUUCUGAUUUACUGCUGAUAGGAAAUCCCCCCUCCCUCCCACACACACACACACACACACACACACACACACCCUCCAUUUCCAUUAACCGUCAGGCUACAUAUUUAUAAACUACGGCUGGGACUUAAAAUGACUCGUGUGCAUUGAAUAAUAUGCUUAGAUCCCUGUUUCUCAUCCCAUUCUGUAACAUAUUUUCCCUUUUAUUUCAUUUAUUUUCCUUUUCUCAGGAUGAAGCCAUUGAAUAAAUAUUAAAUAUAGAAAAGGUUUCACAUCUUUUUCUUUUUCCCCCUCUUGUUUUUUUCCACUACAUUUAGCAGCUGUCAAGUUCACAGUGGACAGCAGUUUUUAUUCUAUUAGCGAUUAUUCUGAUUUUCAGAGCAUUUAUCACAGUAACAUUCAUUUUUACAGCAUUGGAGACGAUCGUGAAGUUAAAGAUGUUUUCUCUUUUUCGCUCAUGACGUUGAACAGUGACAAGAUUGUACACCGAACCCGUCAGCUGUUGAUUUUGUAAUAACCUGACCCAUUAAGUUGAUUUAUCAAGUACGGCGUUAAGUAGUUGAAACAAUCACUCAGCGUCACUGUCACAUCCGUACAUAUGAAAACAACGGGCCUGCAGUUGAACACAUCGCAUUAAAUAAUUCUUCUCAUAGUGCACCUGAAGGAGUGUCAGCAUGCAUCUACUGUGAAAAGAAGAGAAAACUACAUGAGUUUUAAAGGCCCAAGCCUUAGAUUACUUUCUAAAUCUUAAGGUUAAUAAUAAUUAUUGUAAUUAAUGUAAACACUUAAUUUAUGAGAGUGUGUUAGGUUUGAAAAGAAAGCUAUUUUUGUCAUGCUUUUCACAAUCUGUAGAAAACUCAGAUGUAUUUAUAUUUAUUAUGAUCAGUUUUUGGACAUCCUGCUUAGGUUUUUCAGGCUUGCUUUUUUUCGACUCUUUUGGGAUCGGGUCGUUUGAUUGAAUGCCAUUGUGGAUCAAGCUCCUCUUGAAGCAAAAAAAAAAAAAAAAAAAAAAAAAAAAAGAAGAAGUACUCGUUAACUCCUGCUGUAUCUUGUUUUUUUUGUUUUGUUUUUUACACACAUGGCCUCCGUUGAGUUGAGGUAAAAAUAUAUUUUGUGUGUUUCUGAAAAAAGUUAGUUCUUGAUUCUAGUUUCGUCCCAGUGAAGACAGUAAUAGUAUCAUUUUCAGACGUGGAGCAGCUGUUCUUCAGUCUGUUCUACCUGCUUUAUAAUAGUCUUGUGUGGAAAACUAGGAAUACUUGUAGAGUUGUCAGGAGGCUUUUAACUGUGCCCAUUUCUCGGCUACUGUUUAACUGAAUUUAUUUGGGUCUACAUCCAAAGCAACAUCAAAUCUGUAAACAGUUUGUAAACAUUAUCUGUUUGAGUAAAGUUUGGGGUAAAAAAAU